AUGGUCAUUUCGCCGAAACCAAGAUCCACUCAUUCCUCCGGGCAAGGCGUGAAAGCCGGCGAUUUCCGACUACUCUACACACUGUUCAAAGAUUCCAUUUCAUCGACACAUCUAUGUCGAAAAUGCGACGACUUCAAGCUCUAUGCUAUGCGAAUUUUAAGCAAGGAGCGCGUUCGAAUUCACAGUCCUCAUGAUCACAUCCAACUUCAAAUGGAAAUUUGCCAGGAAAUUCGCGAACUGCGAUCUUCUUUUCUCUCACCAUUCAUCUGGAUCUAUGAGGAUGGCCCUGAAAUUCAUUCCAUCGCAGAGUUUCAUCCUAAUGGCAGUCUCCAAGAUUUGCUCGACCGCGACACGAGCCUUAGCGAAAGCCACGUCCUGCACGUGGCUUGCGAAAUAGUAGAAGCGCUGCAAAUGCUUCACACUGCUGGCAUAAUUCACCGUGAUCUGACACCAUGUAAUAUCAUGUUCGACGCGUCGGGACAUGUGGUCAUUUCAGGAUUUGGUCAAGCAUGCAGACCUGAUUCAGCAGCCUUUUUGCUGUUGCCUGAUACUGGUUUGUAUUGUGCUCCUGAACUCAUCCUAGGGUGGGCACAUGAUUUUAGUGUCGACUGUUGGAGUUUUGGCUUGCUGAUGUACAUGAUGCUGUUCGGAUCUCACCCAUACGUUGCUGACAACGACAACGACAACGCUGCCAUUCUGCAAACCAAGGUCCUUCACUGCUCGCCGGUGGUUCCCCGGACAGCGUCAGUAUCAGCACAAGAUCUUCUAGUCAAAUGUUUGGAGCGCAAUGCAGCUCUUCGCUUGGACAUCAAACAGAUUAGGGCGCAUGCGUACUUCGGUGCUGUGUGA